AUGUUUGCACCAAAAUUUGAAACUGGUAAAACAAUUGAUAAUUAUUUAGACCUUAUUUAUAGGCCACAAAUAGAUUCAAUGAAAGAAGAUAGUAAUUCAAGCUUUAUAAGUGAUAAUAAUAGUAUUCCAACAGCUGGAAUUACAAACAUAGUUAUAUUAAAAAAAAACAAAAAUUGUAAAAUUGAAGUUACAAAUAAAGUUGUAUAUUUACCAUUAGCAGACACUAUAGAUCUUAUUCAAAAGAUGAUGAAUUUUCCAUUUUUAAAAGGAUCUGAUUGUGUACAAAAAAUUCAAGCUGAAUCGCUUUUGAAGAAUUUAUAUAAUCAACUUAAACAGGAUAUGAUAGUUUCAAACCAAGAAAAGACAAUCGAGACAAGUUUAAUUGAAGAUAAUGAUGAUGAUAUAUUUACAGAAAUGUGA